GUGUGACAGUGCGGAGGAGCAGCAGUAAUAGUAAACGCAUCAGGGUCAUAUGACAAGCGCAGUUCCUCCCAAACAUAACGUUCCACACACACACACACACACACACACACAUCCCAAGACAAAGCUGAGACAAAAACAAACUGGUGGAAAUGUUGGCGCUGAUUAACCGUUUCCUAGACUGGGUUAAGUCCCUGUUCUGGAAGGAGGAGAUGGAGUUAACGCUGGUCGGACUUCAGUAUUCGGGCAAAACUACGUUUGUCAAUGUGAUAGCUUCUGGACAAUUCAGUGAAGACAUGAUUCCAACAGUUGGAUUCAACAUGCGGAAGGUCACAAAAGGAAACGUCACAAUUAAGAUCUGGGAUAUAGGGGGACAACCCAGGUUUAGGAGCAUGUGGGAGCGGUACUGUCGAGGAGUAAACGCCAUAGUGUAUAUGGUGGAUGCAGCAGAUAGAGACAAAGUAGAAGCUUCCAGGAACGAACUGCAUAACCUGUUAGACAAACCGCAGUUACAAGGGAUCCCUAUAUUGGUACUUGGUAACAAGAGGGAUUUACCUAAUGCACUGGAUGAGAAACAGCUUAUUGAAAAAAUGAACUUGGCUGCUAUUCAAGACCGGGAGAUAUGCUGCUACUCCAUUUCAUGCAAAGAGAAAGACAAUAUUGACAUCACACUGCAGUGGCUCAUCCAGCAUUCGAAAACGCGGAGAAGUUGAAAGCCACGUUUCAGAUUCGCGUGCUGACACGUUCCUCUCACACCCCAUCCUGCUUACUCUGUGAAACUGUACAGUCGUCCCAGCACACUAUUUCCACCUGUAUUUCCAGUCGGUCGCAGAUGUCCCCCGUCACACACAUCUCAACCAAGAGCCAGUCUUUUGAACCUAUCGCUUAAUGAUGUAAGCGAUAGGUUCAGUAAUCUCCUCACGCGCUAAAACACAAGCUCGGCUAUUUCUCCUCAACAAACUAGCUUCACUUGCUCUUAACCUCCAAUCAAUUCUACUUUCGAAUCAUGGGAAGACAUUUCUGGGUUGUUUUUUUUGCUCUGCUAAAGUAUACCAGGCCUUGCUCAUGUGAGAAUGUAAUUAUGUAGCCUCUCUGUUGCCUCUCUUUAUCGUGCUUUACUCUUCUUUUGGCCAAAAUGUUUCUCCUGAGAAAGCAGGUGGUGAUAUUUAAAUGAGGAGUACUUCGAAGAGUCAGCAAAAUGUCUUGACAAGUAUGUACAAAUAAUGCUCACCGAAAUAUUUUUACUAUAUUGAGCAUAAAUCUAUUUAAGUGAAUGUAUGGAAGGGUUAGGUCUAGUCUUUACCUUCAACUCAGUGAUGUCUUGCUGUUGGUAAGUUGGGAGAGAGAGUCCGGCGAAGUUCAAAGUGCCUUGUGCAGCAGACUUCUCUCUAAAGCGGAACAAUUGCGCCAGAACCCGUUCACCUAUUAACAAAUUCGAAAUAAAUCAGCUCGGCAUGCUUUUAUGGUAGAUUAUUGUACCGUCGCCAUGAUGAACAUUAUCUUUGAGACUAUAUGAAGGCCUCACUAUCGAUGCACUUUUGUAAAUAUGAACCAAUAAAUCGAUCUUGACAUCUGAAAGAAACGCAUAUUAUUUUUAAACGAAUUUGACGGGAGGACGUCUCUCUACUAACAGACCAAAAUUCAGAUGCGUUUCUUGAAGAUUGUUUAAAAUGUUACAUUUUAAUAGUCUGAGACAUGUUGAUGAAGUUUCUGACAUAACUCUAAACAUUGAAUUCCAAAUGGUAAUGGAUUUUUCUUUUUUUUUUUUUGUUUGUUUUUUUGUUUUUUUUAAGUCACUUGAGUCGGAUUGUACUUUUUUCAUACCGUUUCCAGUGCUUCUUCACCAAACAGCACGGCUUGCCAAGGCUCAGCAACAUACGUGAGCCCAGGUCUGUCGAUUUCCUGGCCUAGUGUGUUGCUUUCUCAUUGCAUAAAUCUGCUUGUAAAAGUAUGAUUUGCUGUGGAGGUUAUAAGGUGGUGACUUGAUGGUACAAGUAGUAAAGAACUACAUAAAAUUCCAAUAAACAAUUUUGAAAUGAAA